GGCACGAAUUAAACGUCAGACCUCAUUAUUCAUUUACUUCUCCGCUGUAAUCAAGUCAAACGUGGUAAAGUCCUCUCAACAAGUCUGUCUUGGUGGGAGUGUCUAGAGAAAACGAAAGUUCAGUCAGAAGCUUCACUUUAGUUAAGCUGUUUCUGGGAGUCCUCAACAAACUGGGCUGAAAUGUUUCUGUUUUUUCUGCAAUUGAGGUUGUAAAUAUUUCAAAUCAGGGCUUGGAGCAUCCAACUGCAGCAGGACUAUGAGGAACAUGAACAGGAUCACUGCGAUGGUUUAUAGUUUGCUUUUGUGCGCGUCGGUUGUCUGCGGUGAUACCGAGGUCUCCUGUCAGUUCAAGAAGCUGUGUUUCCUGCCCUGCAGUUUCACAGCUCACAAUGACGUUGUCGUCCACUGGAUUCAAAUAACGCAACCAGAGACCCGGGUUCACUCCUACUAUCACAACAAGGACCAACCAGGAGAGCAGGACCAGAGGUUCAGAGGAAGAACAUAUCUGUUUGAAGACCUGAUCUCAAGAGGACAGGCUUCCCUGGUGCUGAGAGGAGUGACGGUCCAGGACCAGGGCAGAUAUCUGUGUUUCACCAGCACCAUCGCUGGAGACGAGGAGAGCUUCAUCAACCUGAAUGUGGACGCUCCAGUCCAGAGGGUCAACAUUGAAAAGACACAAAAUAAGAUAAUCUGCAGCUCAGAGGGGAUCUAUCCUGAACCCAGACUCACCUGGACCACCAGUCCUCCAUCCUGCAGGAACCUGCGGAAUCCACCAACAGUCCAGCAGAAUGAACAGCAGCUUUACAGCAUCAGCAGCUCUCUGGUCCUUUCAGAUAAUGAUACGGACCUGGACUACAUCUGCACCGUCAGCACUGCAGCAAACCGCAGGAGAACCACGUUGCUUAAACCAGCUGCUCUAAAUGCAUCAGACACUGAAACUCUCAUCCCCUGCUCACCCACCAAUUAUCCAAUCAAUUAUCUCAUCUGGAGAUUCAACCACAGUCAGAUCAUCCUGACACAGAGCGGCGCUGAAGACGCCUACAAACCUUCAGAGAGGUGGAAGCAGCACGUGUUGUCCGUGUCAGAGACAGGAAGUCUCAUGCUGAAGGGUUUAUCUUCAGAGCAGACAGGAACUUACACGUGUGAACUCACUGAUGAAGAGGAGACUUACGUGAAAUCCACCUUUCUUCAUGUACCUAAAGACCGGACUGGAGUUUUAGUGUGGGGUUUGCUGGUGGGUCUGCUGAUGGGUGGGGUGGUGGUCAUGAGGGUGAAGUAUGUGAUGUUCAAUGAUGUGAUGGUGGAGAAGAUAGUGAAGGGUGAGAAGCAGGAGGAUUUGGUUGGGACUAUGGUGGUGCUUGUGGUGUUUCUGGUGGUGGUUGUGGUUGAGAUGGUGGUGGCUGUGGUGGUGAUGAGUCUGGUGAUGGCUGUGUUAUUGGCUGAGGUGGAGUUUGUGGUGGGGCGUUGGGUGAGUUUAGUUAUGGGUAUGUCAGUGGGUAUCUCAAUAGGUGUGUCACUGGAUGAGUUAGCGCUUGAUCUACUGGGGGUGUGGGUGGGUGGGCCGUUGAAAGGAUUGAUUGUUGUGAUGGUGAAGGCUGUGGUGGGGGUAGUGGUGGGGGCUGUGAUGGGGGCUGUGGAGAGUGCUGUGUGGGGGCCUGUGAUAAAGGCUACAGUGGAGGCUAGGCAUACUGUGGAGGUGUUGGUGUUGGGGGGUGUGAUGGCGGGUGUGAUGUUUGUUGACACAGUUGACCACACCAUCCUGCUACACCGCCUUCACUCCACCAUCAGACUUCGCAAUACCGCCCUGGACUGGUUCAGAUCCUAUCUCACCGAAAGGACCGAGUGCAUCUCCUUGGGAGGCGUUAAAUCCCGGACCCAGCCCGUCACCUGUGGUGUCCCUCAGGGAUCUGUACUCGGCCCCACCCUCUUCACCCUGUACAUGCUUCCCCUCGGCAGUGUCAUCAGCAGGCACGGCUUGGCUUUCCACUGCUAUGCUGAUGACACACAGCUAUACAUAAAACUGGACCCAUCUGCUGCAGAGUCAUCCUCAGCCACACUCACCAUCUGCCUGGAGGAGAUCAAGGCGUGGAUGAAACAACACUUUCUACAACUCAACAGCGGCAAAACAGAAGCCAUGCUCAUCGGCACCCCACACCACAUUAAGUCAUCCCCCAUCACCUGCAUCACCUUUUCUGGCCAGGAUAUCCCACUGUCAUCUGUCAUUACCAACCUUGGCGUUAGAAUGGACCCCCACCUCAACUAUGAGGCCCACAUCAAUCACCUCCGUCAAAGAUCCUUCUUCCACCUCAAAAACAUCGCCAAACUCCGCCCCAUCCUGUCCCCGAAAGAUGCCCGAAAAACUGAAUACAAAAGCUCCCUACUCACCUACCAAUGCGUCCAUGGCAACGCUCCCCCUUACCUCAAGGAGCUGAUCCAUACUCAGCCCCCCACCCGCACCCGUUCAGCAAACAAGAACAACCUCCUCAAACCCACCAAGACUAAACUGGUCACUAUGGGUGACCGGGCCUUCUGCUCCGUUGCCCCUAAACUGUGGAAUGCCCUCCCCGCCCACCUGAGAGAACCAAAGUCAAUUGACUCUUUUAAGAGAGGGCUUAAAACCCACCUUUUCAGCAAAUCAUACGCCAGCUAUGAUCAAUGA